AAACAGUGGUUUUUGGAACAUAAUUAAACAGUGGUUUUUGGAACACAGUACCGUAUGUAGAUAAAUACAUCGUAGUAUGCAUAAGAGUACAUCGUGUGUAAAAAAGCCGAAAAAAAUAAUUUUCCGUGUGAAGUGUUCCACCAUCCUCAUACUUCUGUCAAAGAUUUUUUUCGCGGACCGUAUGCGAAGUUAUGAACACCGUCCCUGAAGUUACAGAGAUUUUUACCUUCACAAGCAGCUGAGAUUGUUUCGAAACGUGAGCAACCAAAGUUAAAUUUAAUUAAGGUGCUAAGUCUGGAUUCCGGAGAAUCGAAGUUCCAAUCCCCGCAUAAGUGUUAGAAGGCGUCCGAUAAAUUCAAAGAUUUCUAGGUAGUAGGUAUUCAUGCACGACGAUGAGUGACUGGCGGCUCUGAAUGCAUUCCUGGCAGCCGCGUCUGGCUUUCCCGCCAAACAAAAUCACAACGGCCACAUGUAUAGGAGCACCCAAGAACACUUCCGAUGACGGCAGACAUGAUUGUUGGCCAAAAUUCCCGGCACCAGAAAACGAAGAAAGGGCUAGACACAUUCCUUCGCUGACGAAGAAUAAUGAAAAAGCCAGACGCGAAAACCGCAAUUUCACCUGAAUCCCCGACUACGGUGUCUGGCCGGUACGCGAAUCGCCUGCAGGUUGCAGCCAUAUGUAUCCACUAUCCAACCACUCCCUAGUCCCUAGUAUUCAUUCAUUCGUCUAGGCGCGCGUUGACCGCCCCUUUUAAAGUUUCUAAUUUCGCACGCAACAAGUUGAAUUUACCGAAAUUUUUAAGCCUGUUUUGCAUACCGGCGUAAGGAACUUCCCGGAAUUUUAUCACACCCCCAUGUUAAUCCAUUAAUAUCCAAUGGUUCUACGUUAUUCCUUUUAUCUAAAUAUGUUUCAUUACUGUUUUGACGAGCUUAGACCGUCAGUACCGUUGUUCUUCCUAAUAAUACUGUGGAGCUAUCUAGAUGUCGGCCCGAUCGGCUGUGCUCCCUUAUCCAGCGAUUUUGCAAAUGCCUCCACGCUUUAUCCCCCUUCACAGUCACCCGAUCAUGAAUCGUAUUGUGGAUACGGUAAUUUUCGCUGCAACGACGGCGAAUGCAUCAGAAAAAGUUGGGUGUGCGAUCGCCAAAAUGACUGUCGCGACAAGUCGGAUGAGGCGAAUUGUGGUGAUAUUCCCUGCGAAGAGGAUGAAUUCCGGUGCGAUAGCAAUCGGUGUAUUCCCCUCAACUGGCGCUGCGACGGUAGAGCAGACUGCCGGGAUCGAACCGACGAAGAUCAGGAAGGAUGCGAAAACGACGAUUGUCCGUCAGAUCAUUUUCGAUGUGCAAACAGCCAGUGCAUUCCGGCGCACUGGGUAUGCGACGGGAGCGCCGACUGUCUAGGCGGCGAAGAUGACAAUGCAAAGCGCUGUUACGGUCAGACUAAUCAGCCGGGAUGCCUGCCCGGCUUCUGGAAAUGCCGCCGUAACCGCAAGUGCAUAGCGCGAGCGCUGAUAUGUGAUGGCAAACCCGACUGUCCGGACGAACUGGACGAAAAUGAGCUAGCGUGUCCCGGCUAUCUGGCCAGUUUAAGGACAAACACUACCCGUAGGCCAGUCAGAGUUUGAUGUUCCCGCCACGUUGAUCGUCUGCAAAGAAGCCGUUGCGUCCUUUCACGACACUGUUGUCCCUGUCCACGACAACUGGCCGUUGGGAAAGUGCAAGGGAACUUAAUCCGAUCGACAGAUCUCAUUUCAGUCUCGUUUUGUGCGCACAGGUUACUGCGUUUUGUAUUUUUGUGGGCCGAGCGGUAUGCUGAACUGAUAUUAUGGACUGGCUAAUUUUAGUCUGUUUUUGUUGUGUUGAUGUCGUGUAUGUUGCUUGUGAUUUGAGGGGGGUCUGAACGAAAUCUUUGUUUGGACAUUACAGUAUAUAAUUGAUGUUAAUAUAUACUGGAUAUUGUUGUGGCCGAUUGGGACAGCUUCUUGUGAAUGAUUUUCUGUCAUGUUGACACUUUAAUUUUGGUUGUUAAUAGUCAUUUCCGGUAGCAGUAAGUGCUGUAUUGUUUUACGUCGUUUCAAACGCUCGAUUAACACUAACAACUAAGCGCCUCCUCUGAGCGGCUUGU